AUGCGAGGAACAUUCCUCUCGACCUGCUCUCGUGAGUUGCCACUGAUUUCACCCUUUUCUUUCAUCCCACUUUCAAGUUUCACCUUCGGCCCCUCCACGCCACGCCACCUCCCCCACACCCCUUCCUCGUUCACUGCCGCCCAGCGUCGAGCUGCACGCGUGGCGCCCGGUGAGGCGGACAGCCCUGCCGCGCUGGGUGAGCGCGCGCUGUACCGCAAGAUGGUGUGCUCGCAGCGCGGGGGCUCGUGCUUCCAGUCCAACGUGCUGUUCGCGUGGGUGCUCCGUCACCACCUCGCCUGCCAGGUCGACCUCCUCCCCGCCCUCGCCUGCUGCUCGCCACACUCGCCCCCGCACCACCAGUCCCCUCAAUCCUCCUCCCUUCUAUCCCGUUCACCGCCUGCACCCACUACCACCUCCUCUGCUACCUUGGGUGCUAUUUCGUCUGCUCCCUCGCCUGCCACAGCAUCAUCCGCGGAUCAUGCAGCUGCUAGCUUGGCUCGGCUCACGUCUCCUGCUGACUCAGCGCAGCGGCCUGUCCAGUCAGCUAGUGCAGCUGCAUUGUCAGCAAGUGCAGAGAUGGCUGAUCAUGUACGCCGUGAGGAGGGUGUGGGUGGCGAGGCAGCACCGUGCCCGCCGGGGCUCACGCAUGCAGCAGGUGGACAGGCAGCAGCGGCAGCAGCAGUGAGGGCAGGCGAGCAGUGGUAUGUGGUGGAGAGGCUGUGCCGCGUGGGGCCCAGUGAAGCAGGCGGGGUAUGGGCAGGAGCAGAUGGCAAGCAUGCAGCAUGGGGGGGGGCUGCUUGUGGAGAGGAGGCGCAGUGGCAGGCGCUGUAUCGCUUCUCCUCGUGGCCGCGUGAUGCACCUCACUUCCUCCAGUGCAUGCGCCAUGCCUCACUUCUGGGCGGGCCGCGCGUGGCGGUGCGCGUGUGCAGCGAGGGCGAGGGCGAAGGCGAGGUGGGAGGCAGGGGGGUGAUUCGCGAGAUGAUCCGCGACCGCCACUUGCUGCUGCUGGAUGGCGACGGGAGCGUGCAGAGGCAGCAGCAGCUGGCAACAGACGAGGAGUUCAGUGCGGUGGUGAGGGGCCGGUUUGGUAUUCGGCUGGGGGCAGAUGAUGUGAGGGCCGUGCCUCCUGUGCCCAGGGAGCCGCCACUUGGCGAUGCGUG